UGGCAGUUGACAGUGAAACACACCAUUUAUAGGGACUCUUGGCCUUGCCACACUACUCAUCAAAUGCAUAAAAUGGUGAGUGCAUCUUGAGCUAAAUGUGGAAAGCUGCACUCGACAUUCUCUCUUCCUUUUUUUUGGUCCUUGUCACAUUUGGCCAAUCAUGGAGUGCCAAGGCCCAACGGCACAUUCUUUGCAUAUCCACAAAUGUUGUGUGACUGUACAGACGUCAGGAGUUCAUGUGUCACACGGUCUUGUCACCCCCAACUCUCACAGCCUCACAUCUAUAGAUACCUGUCACAGUCCUCUUCGCAAAGUGCAUCAUUCUCUUUGAAAGACGCACAAGACAUUGAUUAUCAAUCAACACACGCAAAACCGCAGGGAACAAAAGAUUGAAAGUCAAUAGUGCGUCAACAACGAGCCUCCAUUCACUCACUCAGUCAAAUGAUCAUCAUCCUACCAGAACCACCAGCCUCUCUACCAUCCCCAUGAUUUAAGGAUCAUAAUGGGCCUGAGCAAGGGUGAUAGAGGUACGAUUGCAAAUUCAAUUCAUUAAGAACGCAGGGCUGGGAAAGAAAAAAACAACCAACAAGGAACCCGCGAUAUCAACAAGACUCGCACCCAGAACAUCUGGGAGCUAUUGAUGCCAAAAAAAACAAGUGCCAAAGACAAGUAAGUUUCAGCCCUCCUGCUUUGUGGACUCCGCCCUCCUGCUUUGUCGACUCCGCGAGCAACUCUUUUCCUCAGAGGAGACACUCUGGCUUCACACAACCGCCACUCUCCUCCUCUAUUGAGCUAUAACCACACUAACGUCCAAACCACUAGUUCCUCGACACAAAGUAGGGGAGGCACGAUGACAGCACGUGUUCAGAAAUUUGUGUAUAGGAGUGUGUGUAUGUGUGUGUGUGUGUGUGUGUGUGUGUGUGUGUGUGUGUGUGUGUGUGUGUGUGUGUGUGUGUGUUUGGCUCCAUGGAGAACAGCAACCAAAGGCCGUAUUGUGAGACAGUGCCACGUAAGCAGUGCCACGUCAUCAGUGCCACGUCAGACAGUGCCACGUAAGCAGUGCCACAUCAGCAGUGCCACGUCAGACACAGUGCCACGUCACCAGAGCCACGUCAGCAACAUGACGGGCCUGCCGGGCCAACUGGCCAAUGAGCCCAUUGCCGACUACAAAAAGCGUUUCCAUGCUCAGCUCGCUCUAAUCGAGGCUGAGGAACAACGCCAGCUGGCAGCCAAGGCUGCCCAGCUACAGGCUGAAGAAGCGGCAACAGCAGAGAAGCUGCGGCUACAGGCCGAAGCAGACGCAGAUGCCCAGGCUCGCCGCAAGGAAGCCCAGGCUCUGCUGCAGCGGCAUGAAGCCAACAGCAWCGASAAACUCAAGUACUGGCACUUUGAACCGAACGGCGACAAGGCAACACCGGAAGAGCAGCAUAAGGAGUUCAUGGCCAAGCUGGUGAGCAGGUUGGUUUACACGUGUAACCACCUACAGUCCGAGCUGGCAAACCUCCAGCGGGCCGUGCGGAAUCAUAAGACUCAGCACGAGGAUGCCACACGGGCACUGGACGCCCGUGUACUGGGCCUGGAACAGGCUGUACCAGGACCAGAUGCUGGGGCUUCCACCAGUGCAUCCUCUAGCCACCAACUGGAGGAACGCGUUGACCACGUAGUGGAAAUGCUCAGCGACAUCAGCACCUUCGCUGCGCCGACCACCAUCAACAGUCAGCUGCAUACCUUGAAGACCGAGGUCCAGCAGUUGCAGUCGACGAACGCGGAUGACAAUCCGACGAUGUACAAGAUGCCAACUUUCCAACUGGACAAGUUCGACGACUACACACAGCAGGAUCCGGUCCUCUGGUGGGAAGCAUUCACAACGCAACUCAGGAUUCUGCCCGUCGCCAAGCACGCGUACAUCGGCGCCCUGUUCCUGAACUCAAAGGGCGGAUGCCAGACCAGGUUGAGCCACCUGGCAACCACUCACGACGUCGACGUACCGGACUUGAAGGACAAAAUCACAUGGGAGGAACUGACACGGCUGUGGAAGAAGCGGUUCAUCGUCGACGAUGCGCUGGCACUCGCCAUUAACCGUCUGUUCACCAUGUCACAGGGCAACACUGCAACACGGGAUUGGCUCAUGGAGUGGCAGAAGAUUGCGGCAAUGCCCAAUCUGGAAUUGGCAUUCACGCAUCUACACAGUGAGUUCUACAACAGGUCCUGUGCGACAUUGAGCCAGGCUCUUGGUGAUCGCGAGCAGUACUCAACCUUCGCUGAGAUCAUUGACAAGGCGAGGGAAAUCAUCAAGACCAACAGGUCAGCUGCACACGAGAAGUCAACAUGGCAGCCGACCUAUGUGGAGAAGGUACGAACUGGUCCGCGACAACAGCACUUCGCUGAAGUCCAGUCGGACAGUGGAGAUAACCCAGCAGCCACUCCAGCAUCAAGUGACGGAGAUCAGGUGGCUGCUGUCCAGCCACGAAGCAACAACAAGUCCCGCAACAAUGGGAAGGCGAAAUCCGCAUCGCAGACCGAAAAUGGACAGCCAGUACAAGUUCUGUGGGUCAAGUUUGGCUUGACCGAGGCGGARUACAAGGUCCGCGGCCGCUACGGCAGCUGCUAUUGACUUGAAGAGCUCGACCCAUUGACGUUCACGGACUUCCAGUGGAUGCCCGUUCCCCCGACCGGACGAUUGCUGAAACCGCAUUGCAAUGUGCUCAUGGCACAAUUGCAAGAUUACUUGCACACUGCAGGACCAGCUCCGUUGAUGGACGCCGGAGCAGAGGUUGUCGACCUUCACGCUUACAUUGCGAAGAUCGACCGCGAGUUCAAGACGCAACGCUCAUCGCCAUACGAUGCUCCUGUUCUCUUCGUCCGGAAGAAGAACAAGGAUUUGCGGUUGUGCAUCGAUUUUCGCAAGCUCAACGCACAGACGAUCAGAAACGCCGGCCCUCUCCCACGCAUCGACGAUCUUCUCGAGCGACUGGGCGGCGCCAAGUUCUUCUCCGAGCUCAAUCUCAAGUCAGGAUAUCACCAACUCGAGAUUCGCAAGGAGGACCGUUACAAGACCGCGUUUAAGAUGCGAUAUGGGCAUUUCGAAUGGCUGGUUACGCCAUUUGGCCUUACGAAUGCCCCGACCACUUUCCAAGCGGCUAUGACAACGGAGUUCCGACACAUGCUGGAUCGAUACGUACUUAUCUACCUCGACGACAUCCUGGUGUACAACCGGAGUUUGGAGGAGCAUGUGAAACACUUGCGCACCGUUUUGGAGCAGCUACGACAAGCCAAGUACAAGGCCAGCCGCGACAAGUGCGAAUUCGCACAACAGGAGCUGGAGUACUUGGGGCAUUAUGUGACGCCGCAAGGCAUCCGUCCGCUCGCGGACAAGAUCGAGGCCCUACGAGUAUGGCCUGAGCCCACCAACACCACGGACGUUCGUUCAUUCAUGGGAUUGGCGGGCUACUAUCAGCGAUUCAUCACCGGAUACUCAAGGAUUGUUGCACCUAUGACGAGGUUACAGUCGCCAAAGGUGCCAUUCGUAUUCGAUGACGACGUACGCCGGUCAUUCCAAGCACUUAAGACGGCCAUGCUCAUGGCACCCGUCCUCAGCAUCUAUGACCCCACCUUGCCGACGAGAGUGACUACGGACGCUUCCGGCUAUGGCAUUGGGGCAGUCUUGGAACAGCACGACGGCGACGACUGGCACCCUGUGGAGUAUUUCAGCCACAAAGUGCCUCCCAUCAACUCGCUUGAUGAUGCAAGGAAGAAGGAACUACUCGCGUUCACAUGGGUUACGGAGAACAAUCCAUUGACCUACUACAAGACGCAGGAUACGGUGAGCAGCACUAUCGAACGGUGGAUGUACUUCAUCGACCAAUUUGACUUCACACCGAAACAUCUUCCCGGCCUCUCCAAUCGCGCAGCAGAUGCACUCUCGCGAAGACCUGAUCUUUGCGCUAUGACGCAUCAUGCCUUCGCAUUCGAUGAGGAGCUUCAGCGAUACUUCAUCCGGGCAUAUGAGUCUGAUCCGGACUUCGCCACGCUGUACGCACAACUAUCUUCGGAUCACCCGCCGGCCAGCCACUAUCGCAUUGCCGACGGAUACUUGCUCCUCCACUCGAGAGGCAAGGACUUAUUGUGUGUCCCACGCGACCGUCGUCUUCGGACUCGCCUUCUCGGGGAGUACCACGACUCGCGACUCGCCGGCCAUUUCGGAGUCAACCGCACUAUUGCACGGCUUCGACAGCGAUUCCGAUGGCCCGAYCUCAUUACCGAUGUCACUCGGUAUUGCGACUCUUGCGAAGUUUGCCGACGCAGCAAGCCCCGCAACCGCAAUCCCUACGGCGAGUUACACCCGAUGCCUAUCCCACGGGAACCCGGUCUCUCCAUUGCCAUGGACGUCACCGGUCCGUUUCCUUGCGACCGGCUCGGGCACGACGACAUCCUCACAGUUGUGGACCGAUUGAGUAAGUACGCGCGUUUUCUCCCUUGCAAGUGCUACUCCACGGCUCCCGAGCUGGCACGCCUCCURCACACUGGUUGGAUUUGUGGCCACGGUGUACCAGAAGACAUUGUCAGCGACCGCGACACUCGUUUCAUGUCGGCAUUUUGGACUGCUCUCAUGCAGGAGUCCGGCACAACAAUGAAACCAAGUUCGGCUCGGCAUCCACAGACAGACCGGCAGACGGAGCGGUCACAUCAAACCGCUCAAAUGAUGCUCCCUACGCUCAUCCGUCCGGACCAGAAAGAUUGGGUUGACCGCCUCCCCGACAUCGAGUUCGCCUACAACACUUCGGUGCAUCCGGCGAUCAGCGUGACUCCAUUCGAGUUGCACCACGGUGGACGGAAAGGCCGGAUCUUCGUUGACCUUCUCCUCCCUCGACCAUCCGACAUGGACGCUGCCUGCUCUCCCGCUUCCGUCCGAAAGUACAGGGAAUUGCUGACUCAAGCCCGCGCAAAUAUGCAAAAAGCUCAAGUCUGCAUGCAGCAGCAAGCCAACAGGCAUCACGUACCAUGUCCCAUCCGCGCCGGUGAUCUGGUUUGGGUCUCCGCUGAAGAGUUUGCACUGGAACAGGAUGUUUCACGCAAACUGCUUCCCAAGUGGUUUGGACCUUGGUCUGUGACAGCAGCCGCGGGCGAUGAGCCCGAUGGCCCUUCAUUUGUGAUCAACAUUCCACAGCAUCUGACGGUCCAUCCGGUCUUCCACGCCUCGAAGCUGGCAACAUACACGCCAGCCAAGAGCGACGACUUUCCGGGCCGACGAUCGCAGGACCCUCCUUCUAUGGAUGGUCGUCAGGAAGUUGACCGCGUCAUCUCCGAUCGCAAGUACGGCAGCAAACCGCGGCAGUACAAAGUCACAUUCAAAGCAUGCGAUCGCGACGACACUCGGUGGAUUUCAGGCGCAGAUUUGAAAGCAUCCGCACCGCUGAUCUACGCGCAUUAUGAAAAGCGGAGGUUAGCUCAGGAAGCUUCACGACCAGCACACGGGCCCUGCGGGGCCCGUCCCGGACAUUCAGCCUAAAAGCCUAAAACUUAGGGCUUACAGGCCCCGGUCGUUUCAGCCUGAAAGCUGAAAAACGAGGGCCUGCAGGCCCUACUCCGUU